AACUAAUUGUAAAGAAAUUGCAGAGACAAUUUUUGAGGUUGAAGGAGGUGGUUCGGUCACUCAAAUUUCUUCCAUCUUUGCUGUUUAGAAGAAUUUCUGGCUUCUGUUUUUUUUUUUCCGAUUCUGGUUUCUGCUCGUAGGAACGAGAAAUAAGAAAGUGAAUUCAAAGAUAUGAGAUCGGGUGGAGGAGGAGUAGAGUAUGAAUCCGCCGGCUUGGGACUGUCUAUGAGUUAUGCCGAAACGGGUGCUUCUUCAACCUCAAUUCCUAUUCAUUCCUCCAACCUUGGUUUUAAGCUGUUGAAAAAGCAUGGCUGGAGAGAAGGAACUGGACUUGGCAUUGCUGAACAGGGCAGAUUGGAACCUGUGCCAACUUAUAUCAAGAAAAAUAAGAGAGGCUUGGGAGCAGAGAAGUCAAAGAAGGCAGCAGAGCACCAUAAAAGUUCCGGGCUUUCCUUGGGCGGGAGGAUUGUAAAAGAUGGGGAGAAAGAAAAAGCGUCUGAUGUACAGAAGACAAAGGAAAUCUCUAAAAAGAUGAAGAAAGUACUAGAGUUUGAGAAGCGCAUGCAAGAGAAAGAAUUUGAGCGAGCAUUUUUUAGGGAAUUCUGGCCAGAUAAUGUUUAGUUUGUCCCCUUGUCUAAUUUUGUUUUACGCCAUAUAUUUCAGCCACAGUAAAUUGUUUCCUUCUGCCUCUUGGAUGAAUAUUCAUUAUCUUUGUUUUGAACAUAUUUAGAAUGAUAUCCAAUCUUGAGAUAUUUGUAAACUGAAGGGUACAUUACAAAUGUCUAUCAAAUGUAUCAGUAUUUAAACAAGUGCUUGGUCCGUCCCAUAUU